CGUAAACGUCAUGGUGCUGAAAAAUAAAAAAGGGAAUCAAAUAAGUGUUCAUUCAGACGUGAACGGCUAAAAAACUCAAGUAUACAUAAUGGGUGAGGUGUCUGCAGACGCCGUCACCCUGGACCUAUUGAGAGAAGCCAGAGAGACGGUGAGGAGCAGCCCUCUGGGUGUCAUCAACACUCCCAUGGUCGCCUGGUGCCAGACCACCCUGCCUUUCAGCAUCAGCUGCAACAUCCAAAUCAAACUUGAAAACAUGCAGAGAACUGGGUCCUUUAAAAUCAGAGGAGUGGCCAAUCAGUUCGCCAGGAGGCCGAAGGGUGGCCGCUUUGUCACCAUGUCUGCAGGGAACUACGGGAAAUCCUUCGCGUACGCCUCUAAGCACUAUGGGUCGAAGGGAAAGGUGGUGAUGCCAGAAACGGCCCCAGAGUCCAGGUCCACCCUCAUACAGAGUUUCGGGGUGGAGGUGGAGCGGGCUCCCACGUCCAGUCUAAUCGACGUGGUGAACCGUUGUGUUCGGGAGGACAACAUGACCUUCCUGCACUCCUACGACGACCUGGAUCUAAUAGCAGGACACGCCAGUCUAGGUAUGGAGCUGUUGGAGGUGAUGCCCGAGCCCGAUGUGGUGGUGGUGUGCUGCGGUGGAGGCGGGCUCCUCGCCGGAGUAGCCGCUGCCAUCAAACUGUCAGGCUGUGGUAAAACCAGGAUCUACGGCGUAGAACCAGAAGGAGCCUGUACAAUGUACAGAAGCUUCACGGAGAAGAAGCCAGUGGGGAUGGACGCGAGGAGCAUUGCCUCGGGUCUCGCGCCGCCUUUCGCAGGCAGGCUGCCCUACGAGCUGUGCCGGCGCUACGUCGAGGGGAUCGUCCUGGUUAGCGACGAGGAGAUCGCGGCAGCCGUGUCCGCCCUCUACAGGUCCGGGUUCGUGGUCGAGCCGUCGGGCUCCGCCGCCUUUGCUGCCAUCGUUAACGACAGGAUACCGGAGCUGGAGGGGAAGAACGUCGUGUGCAUCCUCAGCGGAGGGAACAUUGGGAAAGACGAGCUUGCCAACUUCCCAGACUGACACUAAAAUUACUUCAUACAAAUCUGUGCAGAUGUGAUCUUCUUAUUGUAUAUUUUAUGUCAUACUAGUACAGCACACCAUGACUUCACUAUGUUUUGACUCUCUUGCCAGUCAUUCAAUUCACCACAAUAACAAAAUGCAUAUUAAUGUAAUUUCAGACAGAUCUAAUUAUAUACGUAUGCAGUUGUAAAUGAAUUAAACCAUACUUGAAGUUUGAUAUGUAGAAAAAGUUGAUUAAUUAAAAAAAAAGUUCCUCAAACUUGAAUGAAAACCAGGUCAUUUAAGGUGACUGAAAAAAACAAAGGUGGAUCAAAUACAUUGCUUUAGACACACGCUAUAUUUAUUAUUCUUGUCUUCUCCUCUGGCUGACAGUGAUUGUGGGUCUUUCAUGUCACUGAUGUGGAUUUUUUUUUUUAAUCCUCCAGGGACCGAUCUGAUAUUUGGCCCGCAGCGCUUUGGAUUUAUAAUUCAGCACGGCUGACAUGAGACCAGGACUCAGAGCCCACCUUCAGCUCUCAGAGCCAAAAAUAACUAACUGUCACAAAAAAAAAAAAGUUCAA